UCAAAAUACCAUGCCACCGUAACAACCAUCUAAACAAGCUUUUAAAUUCACCGUAGGAGAAAAAAAAAAAAAAAGCGCCCACCAAGAUCUCACCUUGUCCAGUGAACUAUGGCUCUCACAUUUGCCUCAUAAGAACUUACAUUGCAGCAGCGAAAUCAGCCAUUCCCAAGAUACAAUUCAAGAAAUCAGCUACAGAUAUCAGAGAAAUUGAGAAUGAGCAGCAAGAAGAUAUUAAUAGUUGGUGGCACAGGCUACUUGGGGCAGCAUCUUCUACAAGAAUUCGCUGCAAUCCAAGAUAAUCUUCCAUAUGCACUCUCAUUAGCCUUAACCUGCCACACCAAUCCCCCUCCUGAACCCCUUCUCAAAGCCAUUCCUCAUGCCUUACCUUUCCAUGUAGAUUUAAAAACCGGCAAUGGAUUUGAUGACAUCUCAAUAAAUUUCGGUCAGCCUGAUGUUGUGGUUAAUUGUGCUGCACUUUCUGUUCCACGUGCCUGUGAAGUGGAUCCUACUGCCGCCAUGGCAAUUAAUGUGCCUUCUGUUCUUGUGAAAUGGUUGUCGAGUUUUAGCAAUGGCGAUUCUCUUCUGAUUCACUUGUCUACUGAUCAAGUUUAUGAAGGGACCAAAUCCUUCUACAAGGAAGAUGACGAGACCCUUCCUGUGAAUGUUUAUGGAAGUUCAAAGGUAGCAGCAGAGCAAUUUAUAUCUGCAAAUUACUCGAACUUUGCAAUUUUAAGGAGCAGUAUUAUUUAUGGACCUCAGACUGUCUCUCCCGUCCCAAAAUCACUUCCAGUUCAGUGGAUGGAUAGUGUUCUUGCAAAGGGAGAACCCAUGGAUUUUUUUCACGAUGAGUACCGCUGUCCUGUCUAUGUUAAGGAUCUUGUGACCAUUAUAUGGACGCUAACAAAUAAAUGGAUCUCAGAGGGAGAGCCAAUGCAGUUGCUUUUGAACGUGGGUGGACCAGAUCGGAUUUCCAGGGUUCAAAUGGCUGAAGCUGUUGCACAUAUUAGAGGUUAUAAUUUGUCAUUGAUCAAAUCAGUGUCCUCAUCAACUGUUAACCGCGGCGUUAAAUCUCCGGCAGAUAUAUCCAUGGAUAUCACCAGAUUGAUUCAGACACUCAAUAUGUCACCAACUGCAUAUAGGGAUGGUGUUAGAUUGACACUUGAAGCUGAAUUUCCUUCUGCAUCAUAGUAGUUUGUGUCUUGUUCUUUUCCAGAAUGCUCAUCAUUGGUCUGUUUUUUAUUUCAAAAUUUAUGUAUUUUUUAAAAUAUAGCAGGAAUAUAAUUUGACUAUACAAUUUUUUACCAAAA